AUGCUUGAUAAUAGGGAAUUUCUCGCGUUGAAUGUGUACCUUGGCCUUUGUUACUACAAGAUUGAUUAUUACGAUGUUUCACAGGAAGUUCUUGGACUAUAUCUUCAACACAAUCCUGACAGUGCAACGGCUGUCAACCUGAAGGCCUGCAUCAAUUACAGACUUUAUAAUGGCAAAAUAGCAGAAGCCGAGUUGAAGGCUCUGCAAGAGUCAUCGUCACAGUCUUUUACCUAUGCGAAAGACUUGAUCCAGCACAAUCUUGUUGUAUUUCGAAAUGGGGAAGGAGCACUGCAAGUACGUUUUCUAAUAACAUUAUGAUCUGGAUUUAUUUUUGUUGGAUUAAUGGAUCUUUCAAAUUUGGUAACAGUUUUUACAUGAUUCUGGAGACGUUUAUAUCCCUUUGGUAGUUUCUAUAAAAUCAGUGAAAAUAUGUUUUGUUCUUUACGUCCAAGUGCGAACAUUUCAUUUCCUAUUAAUUUAAAUUGUCGACCUUAUCCUCCGAAUGGUGUGCAAAUCAGAGAGGCGAAAUUACUUACUCAGAUAAGCCUGUACGCAGUUAACUAAUAAGGAACAACGCCGACCGGUAAAUUGCUUCUCCAUUGUCUUUCGUUUAUCUCGACUACCAAAGCUUCCGACCUUAUUUUUCAACGAUAAAUAUAGAGUUAGGCAUCCAGGACUGCACUAUUUUAAUGGAAAUUGUUGAUUUUGAUGUCAUAUGGUUCAAAACUGUCAUAACAGUAUUUACAUUCGGGUGUAACUUCUGAACGUCAAGACGGAAAAAGUUCACACGGUGUUCUUUUAUUUUGGCACUAUCGAGAUAAUAUGUCAGUUAAUCAAGGUAGAUUGAGCGAUUGCAAUAACAAUUGUUCCUAUACGAACACCUAAUAAAUAUAUUUACUAGAUGCGUGAGCAUGCAGACGUUUUUUAGGCCUGCAGAGACUUUUUCAGUUUGAUUUGAUAUGGUUCGUUUUUAUACAACUUGUAAAUGUAAGAAAAAUUUAGAAGAUAAAUAGAUAGAUUUCAUCUUAGGCCCCUUUUUUAACCUUUAGUUAUUGGGCAUUGCUUCGAAGGUUAAUUAGCUGACAUUUACUAGCGCCUUUAACGCCGUAGCGUGUGUAAUGCUUCCUUCUUUAUGGAUAUGUCCUUAUAGUUCAGAUGAUACUCUAAAUUAAACAAACACCUCGUAAAUUUUCAAUGUCCAACCACCUUAUCCUUUCUGGAAACACGAGGUUCUGCCAUUCGGGUUCAGUGUCAGAAUGUGCAAAAACCGUUAGCCGGUGGAUGUUCAUAUCUUGAAUCCGUACCUAGUCUAAUAACAAAGUUGCUGUCGGUUUUCCUAAUUUGUCUUUUGUUUUAGAUGCUUGAUAUACAGAUAAAGGUGAAGAAUUUGUCUCUGGGAAAAUUAAAUGGCAUCGCUCUAUUCUGUUCGUAUUCAUCUUACUGAUCCUAAUUCUGUGACUUGGGGUCUAUUGGAAAUGUAUUUAGAGCAGCACAUAUUUACUUCAUUUAUUUAAAAACUCAUAAAACCGCGCCUAUGCCGACCGUGUAGACACAGUGAGAAGAAAUAUUUAGAUGAUUUCGUUACUGGAUGAAAUACACAGGCAGCACGUGCCAUGCAAUGAACUGUACACGUUCAUUUCUUCAAUAACAAUUUUUAUAAAGCAAUUUUUGUUUUAGUAUAAAUAUUUGAUUAAAUAAGGAAGCUCAAUCUAAACUUAACAUUCUGAUUGUUGGGCAAAGACGGAGUAAAACAUGUCUGAUUUUUGCAAUUUCAAGUUUGAGUUAUGUAGCUUCUAGAUACACGGCAAUCUGCAUUUGAUCCGUCCGCAAAAUUACUCCACCAAACUCGUCAGGAGAGUUAAGUCUUGUCAUACGGAUGUCUUAGCGAACUCAAGGUGAGACAGAGUUCCCAUUGUCAGCAGAAGCAAUCUCUAAUAUGUAUUAAGAGACCAGAUCUUUGUUCCUACAACCGAGCCUUUACAUCUUAUAGCACUUUCUAUUAGAGGAGUCGAAAUAGAGGGUAUCUCUCAGGCUGUCAGGGAAUGUGGACUCGUGAAAAAUUUGCGGCACUAUUUGAAGAUGCGCACACAGCUAAAGGAUAUAAGUCAAAACUUUACUAUUCCAAAGUAUACACUUUUCUCGGGAUUUGUCCCAGUGAAUAUCUGUACAAAAUAGGGCUGAGAAUGAUAUGCGUGUAUUGUGUCACUUUUUCAGGUUGUACAGGUCUUUAAACAAUUAUUUGUUUCCGACCAACCAGUAACAUCCGCGAACUCAUGGCACUCAUCUGAGAUCAUGCGUUUUUUAUGUCUGAGUUGUCAUUUCCAGAUAAACGGCCCAAAUUAUUGUUUUAGGCAAAUUUGCGCGUGCAGCUGCCACCAGCUUGUCUUGUUUGUCUGGUUUGAACCCAUUCUGAAACGGUAGGCGUGAGAUCGCACGAAACAUUAGGUGGAAUUUUUAAACGUUAUCUCGUUUUGAAAUGACAGUUUAGUUAGGAUUGCAAAACGGAUUAUCAUACUGUUGAAUCCAAAGUGAUUUUUGUCAAACCAGCAUGAAGGCUUUCUAAUUCGCGUUCUUUCGACCUUCUGCAACAACCGUAGUUGCCUGGGCGAAGACGUAAGCAGUAUGGUCAGUUAACCCAUUUUUCCAUACCUUCAUACAGCCCAAUAUGUUCUAAGGAGGAUGUAAACAAGCGUAUCCUUACUUGUACGCAUCGUGGGGUAAAUGACGUCUUUAUAUUCCUUCCUUGAAGCAAGGAUAUCUGCCGGAAUGAUUUUGCGAUCGACUUGUCGUUUUUAACAAGCUGUACAGGUCCAUUUAAGAUAAGUCAGACAUUCCUCUAUGUGGUCCGGGAGAUAAUGCGUAUGACUAAUAAAAUUUAACGAUGGAUACGGACUGCGUCGUAAACGGAGUACUUAAACAUAUAGAGACAAUGCUACCUGAGUAUACAUUCAACGAUCCUGACAAUCUUAACAAUUGCAAACCAUUCUAAAACGAGAUCUACUCUUUCUUAAAGUAAACAAACUACUCAAGAAGACAUAGUAUUUCGAAAUGGGUUCCAGGAACAAUAUUUUUAUGUAUGUUCUUAUGAAAUACGUUUAAGUUUAGGGAGCAUCGAAACACAAUACAAGUUCGCGCUACUUAGGUAGCCGUUUUAAAAGAUGUUAUUUUACAGGCACCACAAACGGCAAUCAUUCAAGAGCCGGCAGUCCCAUCUUAACAGUCUUCUUAAACCUAGCUCGCUUUUCAGAAGUCCGCUCAACGUCUAAUUUACCCCUAUUUGCUUAAGUAGCUAGACAAGUAAAUUGAACGACUCCCUCAUCUACUGACUUCUGUGCUCAACGUGACUGAAGGGUUGCUUCGAUACAGUCGACAGCCUAGCUCUGCAAUUCUCGGAUAAAGUAUGCUGGGAAUCGGCAUGAAAUGAAAUCGGGGUAUUAUGUGAAGCCUCAACAUUCGCUCCCAAUUUGUAUACUGUUUUCUGUAGCGUGCUCAGCCUUUUUGUAGAAGUUUUGUAUACUAACCAGCUCAGCAUCAAACGGCGAUGUAUAGAAUUUAGUUUAAAUAUUAUUUUGAUAUGGGUUUCUUCAUGUCACCAAAGCUCCCUGCGUCGAGCAUCUUGUUAGUCUGCGACAAUCUGCAAGGAGUGCUUUUUGUUGAUUCAAUUCGGUAGUUGGUAAACUCCCUGGUCCGGCUUUUAUAAGUACCAAGAGGAGAUAAUUGAGGUCCUCUGUUGCUGGCAGAAACUCUUCCUUCCGAACAUUCUUACAUCAUUCGCUGGGCAGGCCUGCGAAGUUUAGUUAUGCAGCAAUUAUUGUAGUUAUUUUAGCCCAGGGUUGUUUCACGUUGAUUGGUUGAGAGCGAAUUUUUCACUAAGAACUAUCUGUUAUUAAUGGAUGAUUGAGCAGGCAGUUUCUAGACAGUAUGCAUUGCAAUAAGCUGCUCGUCUUUGACUAAUUUUUUUCAUCAGCCGACCAUACCUCAACUUAAGUCCCGCAUAUCUGAGGUUUUAACUGAGUUUAGUUGUCCUCUACGAAUAUGAGUCAACUACUCUGGUACCUUAGCUACGGGCCCAUGCCAUGUCGGUCGCGGUUAGGAACAUUUAGAGUCGUCUUUAAGUGACUCCCAUCCAGCAGAUUGCAGGAUGGAAUGCGGAUGAUCUCAGUCGAGAGCCACCGCAGCGGGUCGCCUAACGAUGAUCAACUAGUCAAUCCAAGUGCUGCCAAUGGUGGAAACUGGAGUAUACGUUUAUUUUUUAUACUCUCGCAAGGCCAAUACCCUUUAUGUAGGAGCGGUGUGCAAGUAAAGCGUAUGAAUAAUAAGAGGAGUCGAGUAAAGUUAGUCUUUUCGGAAAAUUAUGAUGUGGGAAUAGGGGCUACACAAUAAGCGGCAGUGACGGUUAGAAAGCUCGGAGAAGUGCAAGCAUUUACUCGACCUUUGGGCACGGUAAGCGCGGAGCUUCUGUGGGCACAAGAUUGCCUUCCGUGACCUGACGGCGGCCGCUUCUGCUAUUGUUAGUGGACGCUGAAUCAGUCGCCUUAUUGUAGUUCGGUUUGACCUUAUAACUUACGCGGUAGGCUUCGUUCGGGCCCACACGAUACCUUAAAUUAAUCAUGCGUGUGAGAAUGACGCUGUCUAUGCCCCUGCUUUCACACUUUCCUAUCAUAUCGAGAGGCGUUGUCGUAUUAUUUGAAUAGGCGCCGAUUAUUUCGGCAGAAAUGCAGUCUUUCUGAAUCCUUCCGCCGAAAUAUCCGCAAAACUGGAACUGGGGUGGUUGUUUCUGGUCUAUUCGUCGUCGUCAGCCAACCAGAUCCAAACCCCAUUCUUUGGCCUACCAUGCGUUUUAAUCCGGUCCAGUUGGGUAUUGGACGCUUGAGUCAAACACUACCACCUGAUCCGGGUGUUUAAUGCAGAAUUGAUCCUGAGGCUUGCUAAAGCACUACUGGAAAUUAACAACCCACAUAGCUUGAAAAUCUUGUUUUUAUGACCUUUUUUUCUAUUAAUAUGCAUGCCGCGGUUUUUAAGGGGCUGAUGAGAGAGUACAUGUCAACCUUCUGCACACGAUGCUGGUAUAGUCUUUAUGUUUACCGUCAAUGGUCUCUGCUAUAGGAUAAUCGCGUCGGGAUUCGAGAAGUCAACGACAGAGUUCUAAAAAACUAGAUUUGCCCCUCAUUAGUUAAAGUCCAACCCGCUGUGGAAACGGACUGCCAUCCACGUGCAUAUGCUGUGCGUGUCAACUUGUAGUGAAAGGGGUUAAAUGAGAUCUAACCAAAACUGACUUAUCUUAACACUUUUCUGUUACUUAAUGUUUUAAGUAGAAACAAAAUGUACUUCUAUUUUCACACUCCAGGUUCUCCCGCCCCUGAUUGACGUCCUGCCCGAGGCUCGCUUAAAUCUGAUCAUUUACCACUUGAAACGUGAGGACACUGAAGCUGCCUAUGACCUCGUCAAGGAUGUAGACCCGAGCACGCCGCAGGAGUACGUUCUCAAGGCCAUCGUUAACGCCGUGCUGGGCCAGGAGCAGGGUUCACGGGAGCACCUCAAGGUAGCCCAACAGUACUUCCAACUGGUCGGUGGCUCAGCCAGCGAGUGCGACACCAUCUCCGGACGCCAGUGCAUGGCCUCCUGUUUCUUCCUCCUCCACCAAUUUGAUGAUGUCAUCAUCUACCUGACAUCCAUUCAGAGCUACUUCUACAACGAUGACAUCUUUAACUUCAACUUUGCCCAGGCAAAGGCCGCAGUCGGCGCCUACAAGGAGGCCCAAGAACUCUUCCUGCUCAUCCAAUCAGAACGCAUUCGCAACGAUUACAUCUAUCUCAGCUGGCUAGCUAGGUGUUAUAUCAUGAACAGGAAAGCACGCGCGGCUUGGGAACUGUACCUCAAGAUGGAGACCUCAGCAGAAUCCUUCAGCCUGCUCCAGCUCAUUGCCAAUGACUGCUAUAAGAUGGCACAGUUCUACUACGCGGCUAAGGCCUUUGACGUGCUCGAACGUCUCGAUCCCAAUCCCGAGUACUGGGAAGGCAAACGGGGCGCCUGCGUGGGUGUCUUCCAGCUGAUAAUUGACGGCCAGGAGCCGAGAGAGACGCUGCGAGAGGUGGUUCAGAUUCUGCGCAAUACCAACAACCCCCAGACGGAAUACUUUAUCCGCAUCAUCAAGAAAUGGGCCAAGGAGAACAGUGUCGCCCUCUAG